GCCUCAUCCUCAGAGACGGGCCGACCGCACGUUAGUUUUGCCUCAAAGCGAUCCCGUGGUCAGUCGUGGGUCUCGACCGGACCGAGGUACUAUAAAGCAGCGGGGACCAGACCGACGACGGCGACUGUACUCGUCAUCCCGCGGAGGAAACCGGUUGUGCGCUCAGUAUUCUCAAAAUGCAGCCACAGUGUUACUGGAUCCUCUUCUUGAUCAGCUGCCUGCUGCAGUCCCUCUCAGCACACAACGAUUUCUUUACGUCCAUAGGCCAGAUGACUGAUCUGCUGUACACAGAAAAAGACCUGGUCACCUCUCUGAAGGACUAUAUCAGAGCAGAGGAAAGGAAGCUUGAAGAGGUCAAACAGUGGGCUGAUAAGCUGGACUUGUUGACGGCCAAAGCCACCCAGGACCCUGAGGGCUUCCUGGGGCAUCCUGUCAAUGCCUUCAAGCUGAUGAAGAGGUUGAAUACAGAGUGGGGAGACCUGGAGAGCCUGGUGCUUAGGGAUACCACCGAUGUAUUCAUUUCUAACCUGACCAUCCAGAGACAGCACUUCCCUACAGACGAGGACCAGACAGGGGCAGCCAAGGCUCUGCUCCGCCUACAGGAUACCUACAGACUGGAUGCCAACACCAUUUCCAUUGGUGACCUGCCUGGGGUUACAUACAAAAGCCCUAUGACGGUGGAGGACUGUUAUGAGCUAGGGAAGAUAGCUUACACCGAGGUGGACUACUAUCACACAGAGUUAUGGAUGGCCCAGGCCCUGAAACAGCUCGACCAGGGUGAGGAAUCUCCCAUAGACAAGGUGACGGUGCUGGACUACCUCAGCUACGCCAUAUACCAGCAGGGGGAGAUAGCGCGUGCCCUGGAGUACACCAUGAAGCUGCUUGCUCUGGACCCAGAGCACCAGCGUGCCAAGGGCAACCUGAAGUACUUUGAGUUCCAGCUGGAGAAGCAGAGGAAGACCGCAGAGGCUGAGACCCAGGAAAACACAGAGCACACAAAAAGAGAAACAAGCAAAAAGAAACCUAAGGAGAAGGCUGCCAAGGGGUCAAUCCCGGAAAGGGCAAAGUAUGAGAUGCUUUGCAGAGGGGAAGGUAUCCGAAUGACCCCCCGCCGGCAGAGCCGGCUGUUCUGCCGUUAUUAUGACAACAAUCGCAAUCCCAUGUACGUGUUGGGCCCUAUCAAACAAGAAGAUGAGUGGGACCGGCCCUACAUCGUUCGUUUCCACGACAUCAUCUCCCACGGCGAGAUCGAGAAGGUCAAGGAGCUGGCCAAGCCCAGACUGCGCAGGGCCACCAUCUCCAACCCCAUCACUGGUGUGCUGGAGACCGCCUCAUACCGGAUCAGCAAGAGUGCCUGGCUGACUGGGUACGAUCAUCCGAUGAUUGACAGAAUCAACCAGAGAAUUGAGGAUCUCACAGGGCUGGAGAUGGACACUGCAGAGGAGCUGCAGAUCGCAAAUUAUGGUGUCGGAGGUCAAUAUGAACCACAUUUUGACUUUGGAAGGAAAGAUGAGCCAGAUGCAUUUAAAGAGCUUGGCACUGGAAACCGUAUUGCAACAUGGCUUUUCUAUAUGAGUGAUGUUUCAGCAGGUGGAGCCACAGUAUUCCCAGAUGUAGGGGCAGCAGUGUGGCCCAAAAAGGGUACUGCAGUGUUCUGGUACAAUCUGUUUGCCAGUGGGGAGGGAGACUACAGCACACGGCAUGCAGCCUGCCCGGUGUUGGUGGGCAACAAAUGGGUAUCAAACAAAUGGAUCCAUGAAAGAGGCCAGGAGUGGCGGCGACCAUGUGGCCUGAAGGAGUCUGACUGAUGAAUAUUGAGAGCGUUGUCACUUAAUGGACUACUCCAGUUCACCCCCAAUCUUCCUUGUGAACACCAACGCCCAGGAUCAAACUCGAAAGCGCUGCAGUUAACUUAUCAUACAAGUGGAAUCGCAAUGACCCUCCUCAAUCACACUCGAGCUGUUGCGCUUUGAGCCCAAAGAUUCUUUGGAUCAAUGUGAAGCCCCUGGGCAGUACUAGCUGUCAGAGCAGUAUUGCUCUGAGAAAUCCUUGCUCUUUGUUUGCCCACCCCAUGUCUGUCUCAACACUCUGUUUGAACUCUACCCCAAAGGAAGCCUUACCCCCUUAGUAGUGACGUGGGACCAGCUUCUGGCCAAACUGUCUGUUUGACCCUUAAGGGGACCACUCACAUUAAGUUCAUGUCAUUAUGAAGUCGUUAAGUAUUCAAAAGGCAAAUAUUUUAUGCUUUUGGCAGAAAUAGCAACUUAAACCGACUUGUUUUAAGCUUUUUGUAUGGGUUGAAAGCCCUGUGAUGGCCUGGCGACCUGUCCAGGGUGUCUCCCCGCCUGCCGCCCAAUGAUUGCUGGGAUAGGCUCCAUCAUCCCCGCGACCCUGACAGCAGGAUAGGCGGUUUGGAUAAUGGAUGGAUGGAUGAAAGGAUCUAUCCAUUCAUUCAUUCAUUCAUUCAGUCAUUCAUUUAAUCAGGUUUCUUAAAGACGAUGAAAUACUCAGAUUAGUGUCUUGGGGCAAAUUCACUGUAUUUCUUCAAAGUUAAGUAUCUCAUCUUUGACCAAUAUUUCCAUUCUGAUUACCACUUACAUGGAUGAUGAGGGAUGUGUAGCGCUACACAAUAUGUUGUUAUACAAUAUAACAGACGACUUCUUGAUCUGCCUCAAGCCCUAGCCUCUCUAAAAAUCCUCUACUCCGUGACUACCCAUACUCUGGCAAAAAAAAAAGAAAGGUGGAGGCUGUUAGAUUUGUUAAACUUGCAAAAACCAGCAUGCACUAAUGCAUGUUGCUGUGCACGUGAACGCCCAUACAUUUAUACACAUAAACUACCAUAUUACAUUACAUCACAGUCAUUUAGCCCACGCUUUUAUCCAAAGCGACUUACAAUAAGUGCAUUUAACGUAGGAAAUCAGGAGAACUACUAGUCAUCAGAGGUCAUUAGUGCAUCUUCUCUCUAAACAAGCAUCUAAGAGCAAAGCCAGUGCUAAAGUAAAAGCGCCAGAAAGAGAUUUUUUUUAAAUGAGAAUACAAUAAGUGCCAAGAGCAAGUAACAUGGUAGUAGUUCAUAUGCUGCAUAUCAUUCUGAUGUUUCAUAAUUCAUAAUCAAGUGAUUUCCCCCCCCCAUGAAGCUGACAUGUUCACAUGUGUUGUAAGGACCUAAAAUAUUUAACAGGGGAUUGAAUACUUACUUUCAUUGUACCAUGACAUGCCAUUAAAGUAUUUUUUUUUAAAAACCCAACCUUAUUCCUAAAAAGUUUCGGGUCUGGAAGUGUGUGGACUUGUCCCACAGGUACGAUGAACAGUUAUUUUUUUGUGUAUUACUUUAUUGGUCUUCCAAAGAAUGUUUAUUUAUGUUUCACCGGCCCGUUUUGUGUUGAGGUUUUGUUUGUUUUG